CUAAUGUACACCAACAGGAGGCUAACCAGGCCAAGGCUGUGUCAGCAUCAUGGCCUGCAAAGAUACCACCACCCUCCUCUGUCUUGUACUCUGUCUGGGCCAGAGAAUUCAGGCACAGGAAGGGGACUUUCCCAUUCCUGUUCUAUCUGACGAGCCAGGUUCUGUGAUCCCCUGCAACGCCUCUGUGACGAUCCGGUGCCAGGGGCCUCCUGAAUCUUACCUGUACAGACUGGUGAUCCUAAGAAACUCCACGUACACAGAGGUAGAUAAAAAACUGGGAAUUAGUAAGGAGGCCGAAUUCGUCUUUAGCCGCGUGGAUGCAAACACAGCAGGGCGCUAUCGGUGCCGAUACAGGAAGCGGUUCAGCUGGUCAGAGCACAGCGAGGCCCUGGAGCUGGUGGUGACAGGCUUGUACGACAAACCCUUCCUCUCUACGGAUCAGGGUCUGGUACUGAUGCCGGGAGAGAAGAUUUCCCUCAGGUGUGGCUCGGCACACACCCCAUUUGAUAGAUUUUCACUGGCCAGGGAGGGGGAAGCUUCUGUGCCGCAGCACCAAAACAGAGGACACCAGGGAAACUUCACCCUGGGCCCUGUGGACGCCGGUUUCGCAGGGAACUACAGGUGCUACGGUUGGAAGAGCGGCAGCCCCUACCUGUGGUCAGCACCCAGUGACACCCUGGAGCUCACUGUCACAGACUCCGUGAACCAAGAUUAUACAGUGGGGAAUCUCAUCCGCAUGGGCGUGGCAGGACUGGUCCUUGUGGCUUUCUUGGCGAUACUGGCUGAACAUUGGCACAGCCAUAGGGUGCCACACAAGGAAGCUGGCCUCCACCUGGCUGAACCAAGCUGGAGGAAACAGAAAUGCCAGACAGAAUGGACCCUUGGACAAACCGCUAGUGGCCACAGUUAACACCUGGAGCUGAAAGUAGAAAUGAGUCAGGACUUGUGGAGUUCUACAAAGCUACUUGAAGAACACAAGGGACAAAAAGGCACUAACAAGCUUGGAUCCAUUUGCGAACCAAUCAAGUAGUGUUUUCUUAUGUGGAUCUGAUGCUAUUUGCUUCAGGUGCUUUCUCAACAGUAGUUGUGAUUUUCUAUCUUUAUCUCCUGAUGUUUUAUAUCCUUUUUAUUUUUCUUAAUUUUCUUCUUUUCAUAUUUUUAAGUGUGUCACCACCAAAUAUAAGUAAUUGGUAAGCAUGCCAAAAAUAUUCAGUAACCUCCCUCCCUUUAUUUUUAAGAUAUCUGUUUUGUUCAUCUGUGAAUGGACAAGAGUGAAAGGCACAUAGGGGAAUUACUCUAUUUAUUUCAUAAACCCUGUUUCUCUGGGAUUUUCAUUCAAGGAAAAUUUAAACACUGAUGUGUUUCACUACAACCCAUUAAUUUAUUUUUUCCGUUUAGUUUUCAGAAUAAUUGGAGGUCUAUAUUAUUUAAUCAGUAUAGGACUUAAGAUUUUCCACUGUGCCCCAAAGAGUAGGAGGCUCUGAACUGAGUGUAGCAACAUAGGUAACUCACUGAGGGCUGCGUCUUUAUCUUCAGACUGGAAUUUUUCAUUCAUCUGGAUUCCGCUUUCAUGAAGCUAGUUCGUCAACAUGGAGCGUUUGUUCCGUGAGCAAUUUUAAAACAAUAAAUCUUCCGUAUUGAACCCAGAA